AUGGCGCCCUCCUUCGUGACCCUCGACACGACCCCCGACUUCGACUUCACCCCCUCCACCACAACCACAACCACGAUGCAGCCCGCAAGCCGCACCCUCCUCCUCGCGCCCCCCUCCAUUGCAUCCCACCCGCACAAGCUCCAAACCCUCCUCGCCUCCCACGACCGCGCCACAACAGACCUCCAGAUGCUCGACCGUCUCUCUGCCCGCCUCGUCGCCUUGCCCCCCUCCGCCUACGACACCGUCCUCAUCCUCACAGACGCAGACGGCUCCCGCGUCGAAUCAACCGCCCUCCUCGCCGCCGACCGCGGCGCAGUCCUCUCCGCCGUCGCAGACGCCCUCAAGCCGGGAGCCCACGUCAAAGCCCAGGACGGCGGCAACCUCGCCAACGACCCCACCGUCGCGCGCGAGGCUGUCCUCGCCGGCCUGGUUUCCGCUGCUGUCGGUGGCGGUUUCACGAAGCCGGAUUACGGCGAAGAUCAGGUCGUCUCAUUGAGCUUUGGGAAGAAGAAAAAGAAUAAUGCUGCUGCUGCUCCUGCACCGGUUUCAAAUGGUGGUGCCGUUUCCUUGAGCAACGGAGCCAUCUCGCUCAACAGCAAGCCGUCCACCGCACCUCCCGUCUCCGCGCCCCCCGCCGGCGUGGGCUUUGUCGACUUCAGCGAUGACCUCGACAUGGAUGAUGGCGACGACGACGAUCUCAUCGACGAGGAUACCCUCCUCACAGACGCAGACCUUUCCCGCCCCAUCAACAUCCCCCCCGAAUGCGCCCCCAAAGCAGGCAAACGCCGCCGCGCCUGCAAAGACUGCACCUGCGGCCUAGCAGAGCGUCUCGCAGCCGAAGACGACGCCGCCCGCGCCUCCGCCGACAAAGCCCUCGCCGCUGUGAAGCUCGGCGCAGACGACCUCGCAGAGGUCGACUUCACCGUUCAGGGCAAAGUCGGCUCCUGCGGAAACUGCGCCCUCGGCGACGCCUUCCGCUGCGACGGGUGCCCGUACAUUGGUCUCCCGCCCUUCAAGCCCGGCGAGGAGGUGCGGAUUCUCAACAAUGAUAUCCAAUUGUAA